AUGGCAAAAGGGAAAUGUGAUCUAAGUGACAGUGGCUGUGUUUUGUCUGUAACCGGACACUGGUUGCUUGUGCUCAGUGGAGUGGAGAGGCUGAUCAGUCUGUCUGCUCUGGACCGCCGCUCUAUGAUGAGACCAAAACAUACGGACAUGCAAAAGGACUGUGUCAGGGUAGCAGUCAGGGUCCGGCCUUUCAACAAGAGGGAAAGAGAUGCUGGAAGUCGCUGCAUCAUCUCCAUGGUACCGUGCUCCAUCACCAUCCAGGACCCACGUGAACCUCAGAACCGACGCUCUUUUUGUUUUGAUAACACUUACUGGUCCCACAGUGGCUUUAUCCAAGACAACACAGGGAAGUACCUGCCAGAAGACACAGGGGGGCGCUAUGCUGACCAGGAUAGUGUAUUUCAUGACCUGGGAGAAGGUAUUCUGGAAAACUCACUACAGGGCUAUAAUGCCACUCUUUUGGCCUACGGGCAGACUGGUUCAGGGAAGAGUUACUCCAUGAUGGGCUAUGGGGCCAACAAAGGCUUGGUUCCAAGACUUUGUGAGCGACUUUUUGAAUCCAUCAGGGAAAACCAGGACUCAAGGCGUUGUCAGGUGUUUUUCAGUAUGUUGGAGAUCUAUAAUGAACAGGUGAUUGAUCUGCUGUUCCGCGGCUCUCGUGCUGCAGGAGGACUCAGAGUCAGGGAGGAGCAGAGCAGAGGCUUCUAUGUGGAGGGCCUUCGCACUGUUCCCUGUGAGACUGCACAACAGGUGGAACAGCUGAUGGAGCAGGGCACAAGGACUCGGACCACUGCUGCCACAAACAUGAAUGCAAACAGCAGCCGCUCUCACAUGCUCAUUAGUCUACAGCUAAAACAGAUCUUUUUAAAAGAAAGCACCACAAAGCAGUCCAAUAUAAACCUGGUGGAUCUGGCUGGCAGUGAGCGGCAGCGGUCAUCUGGCUCUGAGGCAGACAGACUCAAAGAGGGCCUGGCCAUCAACCUGAGCCUCACCACUCUGGGCAACGUCAUCAGCGCUCUCGCAGAUGUGGCGGUGGGUAAAAAGGUGGUCCACAUCCCUUACAGAGAGUCUAUUCUCACCAAGCUUCUGCAGUCAGCUCUAGGAGGCAAUAGUCGUACUGUUAUGAUUGCUACUCUUAGUCCUGCUGAUAUUUGCUAUGAAGAAUCACUCUCAACCCUGCGUUAUGCUGAAAGGGCCAAGCGCAUUCAAAAUCGAGCUGUUGUGAAUGAGAGUCCCACUGAGCGACUGGUGAAAGAGCUGAAGGCCGAGAAUGCCAGACUUCUACAGAGAUUGAGCCGACUGGGACAGGAGGGGUACAGGGCCAGUGAUGAGACCAAGGAGCUUCGACAGCUGCUCACCCACAAUGAGCUGCAGAUCAAGGCCAUCCAGACACUGUGGGAACAGCACCUCCAGGAGGCGCUCAAGGACUUAGAAGAGCAGUAUGCGAACAUCACAAAGGAGAGGAGGAUGAUGCAGAUGCACCCCUACAUACUUAACAUAAAUGAGGACGCCCAGCUGUCUGGUGUGGUUAAACUAUUUAUACAAGAAGGUGAAUGGGAUGUGGGCUGCAGUGAGUCCUCCCCAAAGUACAUCUCUAUCAAAGGACUAGGAAUACAAGAGCAUCAUGCAGUUUUCAGAAACGAGCAGCGUCGUGUCACAUUGACACCGGUGGCAGGCGCGAAAGUGAUUGUAAAUGGUAAAACAAUCUGUCAGAUGACUGUGCUGCAACAUCUGGACCGUUUAAUUCUGGGCUCUAACUGUACUUACCUUUUUAUUGGGUUCCCCUCGGAGCGUGGAGGGGACGACUGGAACAGCUAUGACUACGACUAUUUCCAGGCGGAGUUGGCUACAGCUGAAGGCAUCCACAUUGGUGAGUCUAGCCCUGGGUCAAACCAAACUGACCCAAGCCUGCUAGCGGUCUUCUAUGAUUACAUUAAAUUGAUGCCUAUGGUGACGGAGGCCAACCAGAUGAGCCAGGAGCUCCACAAGGAUGUAGAGUUUAAACUGGAGAUCAAGAACCUGGCUUUGUCUGAUUCAAAAGGCCACGAUCUGAAGAAAGAUAUUGUUGUAAGAGUCACUACUUUGGGAAACAAACUGGUAUGGAUGUGGUCUAAGGCAAAGUUCAUAAACCGUAAAUACCUAAUGGAAGAAAUGUAUCAGCAACAUCAGACAAGAUCUAUAAGUUUUUCUUCAACCACUUUUGCCAGAGACCAAGACCCAUUUUGGGAUCCAGUGGAGCCACUGCUCCUGGGCACUGCUCAUCUAUGGCUCCAAACUCUGGCUUUUCGCAUCCCAUUAGAAGAGCAACUAGAGGUUUUAGGGUCUGAAGGAACAGAGGAGGCCAUCCUACAAGCACAGUUGGUUCCUUGCGCCUCUACAGGACUCCCCCUGAGUGAGGAUGACAUCCUGAUUGACCCAUCAGAGCUACUGGGACGCCGCCUGGACUUUCAGCUGGUGCUGGAGCAGUGCUGUGGCCUGCGUUGGAUAAGAGAGGUCCACAACAGAGGCGUACAAGUAGGUUUCAAAUUGUUCGACUGCUCCCAUCCUUUGUACACUCCGGCUGUAUGGCACAAUGUUAAUCCUCUGUUGGAUCACCGAGUGCACUUCACUUCACUGCAGACGUCUCAGAGUCUGUUGGAGUAUCUGCAGAGCAGUGCUGUGGUCCUGGAGCUCUGGGGC